UUGAGAAUGCAUUUUAAUUUUGGCAGAACGUAAUUUUUAGGAGACAUAUUGAGUCUCCACACGGGUCUCAGCAUGGCCAUGCCUAACAGGUCAAACAACAGCAACAGUGCUGACAGAGCUUAUGGGGGAACCGGAGGACGGGUGCUACGCUGAUGACUCCAUCAUUCCGGACGGCGUUAUCAGCACUCUCAAAUUAGUUUGAUGCUAUAUGCUAUAUCCAUUCUCUGAAUAUAGUGUGUAGAGAACCUUUAACCGUUAUUUCAGUAUGUCAGGGAGCAAUAGAAGAAUAGUAGAACAAAGAUAGAACAAGAUUUUUGCGAUUAACAAAAAAGUAAACAUGCAGAGUGUACAGUGAUUAAAAAAAGGAAUAAAAAUCCUUCAAAACUAUUAUCAAAUGGAGAUGUAGGCAUAGUGAAGUACAUGAAGUUGGUCAAAAUAAAGUGGCAUUAGUAAUAUGAAAGAUAUAGUGAAUGCAAGUCUGAAGAACCCUUUUCUAGUAUUGUAUGAAAUCCUUUGCAGUGAGAGUGUUUGCACACUCCCCCUCCUCCUCCUCUCUCCCACCAAUCAUUGCGUGUUAGGAUGACGCGCAUCCCCCCUUUUUUUCCUUUUCUCUUUCCUCCCACCCGCCCUCCCUCUCUCUCUCCCUCCACCCCUUCCUUCUGUCCUUCCUCCUUAUCCAUCCUUCCAGCAGUUCCCAGCUCCCCACACACACAUACUUCCUCAUGCUGAACAACAGUGAAUGGAGCCUGGGGUUUACCACACAUACAGCCAUGUACAUGCAUGGCUAUAGGGUGACAUUUAGAGUAUGUCAGCAUGCAACAUUUUAAUCACCGGCUGUGUGGAGAGGGGGCUCCCCAAAACAUUACAAUUGACACACAAACACAAGAAUGUGCCACGUGUAAGUCACACAAACCGUAUUCGACUAGAUAAUUAAUUGUGUCACAGUCAUCUAAAUUUAGAAACAAAUGUGCUUUAGUGGACUAUUUUUAGCCAGAAAUCCAGUUUUGGUAAAAAGCCGAGGUCUGAAAUGCUUAAGAUUCACUGUAGACCAUGAUUUGGUUUAAAAAUUAACAACAUUUUAUACAGUUAUUAAGGUCAUUUGUACCAAAACUAGAUAUGCCACAUUUGUAUGACCCUUCAAAGGACCCUACAGGCCCCAUACACACUGCACUGUAAGGUCCAGGUCAACCAGUGUCGCUGUAAGUUCACAGUAAAUCUUGAGUUUUUAUUUCAGCACCAUGGUCAGCUCACUGAACAGCAGCAGAGGGAAAGGGAGGGACUGAGAGCAGCAGUGCAGCUGCAAGUCCAGGGCUUGCAGGAGCAUGUUUGGAGAACAGGCUGAGAGGAAACCCAUCAUCAUCAUCAUCAUCAUCAUUAUCAUCCUCUCAUAACAUGGCCAAACAGACAAACAAUUCCCUGACUAUUACUGCGGGUAUGCAACAAAGCAUGCAUGCUUGACUUGUUCAACAGCUUUUACCCACGGGAGGUUCCUUUUUAGGGUAGCAAUGUUCAGGGAGAGUGCCAAACGCUUUACACAUUCAACUGCAAACGUCUCAGUUUUAAUUAUUGACUUUUUUCUUCCAGAUACAUCUCACUUUUUAAGAAGGCUUAACAGUUCCCUUUCACAGCACCAGUAGUUCCACUAUAAAGGCAUCUGGCAUGUUUCAAUGAGUCUGUCUCCAUACGUUGGAAUAGUUUGAUGACAUGUGCUGUUAUACCUGAAGUCACAUAUUCACAGACUAUGUUCACCUAAUUAUCAACUUGUUGCUUGUAUAUGAUGUUUAACUCUCAGUCUAUCCUGUGCUUAUUGGAUUGGCAUUAACCCAAGCAAUCCAAAAUAAAACAGACACUAGGCAAUUUUGACUUUGUAGUAAAAAAAAAGGAAAAGAGGCCUGUUUUGUAAAAAGAAUCAGUACUGUGUAAAUAGAGUUUAAAAAAGCAUACCAUACUGUUAUUACUUUUAAUACUACAACUAGCUAAUAAUAACAAUAACACAAUAAUAAUAAUAAUAUACUGAAUAUCUUAAAUCAUAGUAAAAGGUUGACCUCUUCCUUAAAAUCAUUUUUCAAUUAGUAGAAAAAGGGGACAGCAUUCAUUUUAGCAUUCCUCAGUAAACGCCCCUAAGUGUGUGUGUAGAUUUGUAUUUUAUUUUGAAAUUGAAUACUCAUAUCCCGGAAAAGAUGUUGCUUAUCAUGAGCUUUACGACUCGUCGCCGCGUGGAUGCUGGUAGGAUUGAAGCUGCAAGCAAAUACUGCUCGUCCAUCUUCAGGAUUACUUUACUUUUCAAACCCCCUCCUGUCCAGUGAAAACCCUGCGGAGUAUCAGAAGAGUCAGUGGAUUGUGAGGUCUGGACCCAGGUGAUUGACAUGUUUCCAGUGGUGGUGGUCCACGGAGGGGCCGGUCAUAUCCCGAAGGAGCGGUCCGGAAAGUCCAUGUCGGGGGUGUGCUUGGCGGCCCGAGCCGGGUACGGCAUCCUCCGGGGAGGAGGCAGCAGCAUGGAUGCCGUGGUGGAGGCUGUGAGCCAGCUGGAGAACAACCCCUCCUUCAACGCAGGGUGUGGGUCGGUGCUGAACGCCAAAGGGGAGGUGGAGAUGGAUGCCUUUGUGAUGGCUGGGAAAGCACUGGGCAGUGGUGCCGUGUCUGCUGUCCGCAACAUAGCCAACCCCAUCCAGCUAGCAAGACUGGUUAUGUACAAGACGAGUCAUGUGUGUCUGACGUCAGAGGGGGCCAAUCAGUUCGCCCGGUCCAUGGGUGUCCCCGAGGUGCCCCCCGAGUCCCUCAUCACCGAGUACUCCCGCAUGCACUGGACAAAGAACCUGGCACUCGACGCCGACCCCGUGGAGUGCCAAAUGGGGAAGAUGGGCACGGUCGGAGCCGUGGCAGUCGACAGCGAGGGCAACAUAGCCUGUGCGACCUCCACCGGGGGGAUGCUGAACAAGAUGGAAGGACGGGUGGGCGACACGCCCUGCAUAGGCAGUGGAGGUUAUGCUGACAACCAGGUGGGAGCAGUGUCAACUACAGGCCACGGAGAAGCCAUCAUGAAGGUUACUCUAGCCAGACUCAUCCUGUUCCACAUGGAACACGGUCAGUCGGUGGAGGCCGCCAGUGAUUUAGGCCUGGCCUACAUGAAGUCCAGAGUUGGUGGGCUGGGCGGGGUGGUGACUGUGGACCCUCGGGGCCACUGGGCCGCUCGCUUCUCCAGCCUGCAGAUGGCCUGGGCUGCAGCCCAGAAAGACACCGUGCACUACGGCCUGUACUCCGGGGAACACUUCACGCAGAGCAUCGAUGACCCACCCUGACAGGAGAUGCAACACUUCUAUUUUUAGAAUUCAAUGAAUCAAGCAUAUUAAUACCAAUGGUUCUGAUGAACAAUCAUCUUAGUAUUGAUAUUACCAAUAUGUCGUCAUCUUAAUAAUCACGUGAGAGACAUUAGUAAGGAAACAUACAGACAGACUCAACUGAUUAGGCACAAUCAUGAAAUUAUCUCCAGCACACAGGCAGCCUAUGAUUUCUCUUAACACUGUCGUGAAGACCCAUUGUCAACAACCUGCAUGAUAUCAGACACACUGCUGACUUUUAUCAACAUUCAAACCUGCACAAGCAUAAAAUGUCUGUCGAUCAAAAGUUGCAUUUAUCAGGACUAUAUAUAGACCAAAAGUUGCUUUUAUAGCAACUAUCUAUAGAUCAGAAGUUGCUUUUAUAGCAACUAUAUGUAGACCAAAAGUUGCUUUUAUAGCAAUUGUCUAUAUAGACCAAAAGUUGCUUUUAUCGGAACUGUCAAUAGACUAAAAGUUGCUUUUAUCGGAACUGUCAAUAGACUAUAUGGCAAAAUCAGCCAUAUAGGCAACAGCUUUGGAGACAAAAUGUCAGCCUAACUGAGGAAAAAUCAUAUUUUCCCUACGCUUUAAAAUCAUUUUUAAUUCUCUGCAAUGUGUGAUUUUCAAAUGACCUUUUGACAAAAAAUAUAUCCUCUAUAAUGGAAGACUUGUGUUCCUUGUUUGGUCAUAUCUGCAUCUUGUGUAAUAAAUCCGUAUUAUUUGUGAACGGAGCAGCCAUGUGAUUUAUCUGCACUGUCGGUGAAGCGCCGCCAUCACUCCCAACGUUUGAACCAGAGCCAGUAUUAGUGAAUCGCUGCUGAAGCUUUGUGUUAAGAAAACACUGAUUGUUGACAAUAAAUGCCUUCUAAUCCCUGA